AUGUGGCAAGAAAACUGCAUCCCUGUCAUCGAUGUUCAGGAGUUGCUCGAUGAUCCUGAAAUCAAAUCUGAAGCAGCGCUAAAAAAAGCGAAGGAAAUUACUGAUGCGAUGGAAGAUUUCGGAUUCGUGACGAUUACGAACUUCAAAAUUGAGGACCGUCUGAUCGAUGGGCUAACAGGAUUGAUGACUGAUUUUAUGCAAGUUCCCUUGGAGGAGAGGAAAAAGUUCUGCGUAAAUAAUGAUGAUCAUGGAUAUUUUCCAGCGUCAAAAGACGGGAAAGAAGGCUUUGAUGUUCGAAUAAGAGGUGUAAAUUGGCCGGACGAGUGCGGAUCCUUCACUGGAAUUUACGAUACAAAAUGUCCCUCCGAUGAAUUCGCAAAAACCGCUGGCGAUUACAUCAACCGAAUAUCGUCUCUCGCCAAAAUCAUGAUAAACGCCAUUUCAAAAUCAUUGAACUUUGGCUCUCAGCUAAAUGACAUUAUGCCUGGGCAUCGAAGCUUUCUUCGAAUAAAUUAUUAUCCGCCACGUGAGGAAGCGUAUACCAAUGGAGAGGAUGGAGCACCGUUGAAUUGCGUGGAGCAUUUUGAUUCUGGAAUCAUAACGCUUCUCUAUCAGGAUGAUGUUGGUGGCUUAGAGGUUCAGAAUCCCUAUAAUAUGGAAUGGAUCCCUGUCAAGCCUGUGCCCGGUUCAAUCGUCGUCAACACUGGUCGAGCUUUUGAAAGAAUGUCAAACGGACGAGCAAAAGCUACGAAACAUCGAGUAAGAUUCACCCCGAACAUCGUCCGAUUCUCCAUUCCGUACUUCGUCCAGCCAAACCCAGAAGGCGAGUUCUGGCCUUUCGGAGUAAAAGAAGAAGAUCGACAAUACGAACCCGUCAAGUAUCUUGAGUGGUACAACAAAAAUAUUCGCCCAACUACCACUACAACCACGACAACCACAACAACAACCACAACCACCACAACUACCACGACUUCAACCACGACUUCAUCGACGACCACAACAGUCGACCCAUGCCCAUGCACAGACGACGUCAUUGCUGGAAUCAGGUCCGCCGAAAAAGCCUUCAGCAACCGUGGCAUGAUGAAGCCAUUCCGAUUGGGAGACACUGGUUUCGUCGUCCAGGCAGCAACAAAAGCUGCAAUCAAGACCACUCUUUCCUACCAGCAGUACUGGGUGAUGUCACGAGCUGUUUGCGGUCAGCCAGUUCUAGACGUUCUCCGCAACGCUGCUUACGAUUGGAGCGUUUUGGAAAAGAGACCAAAGGGAAAUAAGGACGUUAUCACGAACUACGAAGCUUUCGAUGGACACUACUACAGAGAAGUCGAUCCCAUGGAGCACAAGAAGCAUCGAUCAGUUACUCUUGGCUUCCGUGCCGAUAAAACGAUGCCCGACCCAUUCGGAAACCUAAAGAAGGAUCUCUACUUUGCGGGUCUUCAAUUCCACGAACCUCUUCCAGACACCGUCACCAUCGAAGACGUCUACGACUGCGUCUUCGGAGCAAAACCAGUCACAAUCAAACCCGGCACCGGGAUUGACAUGACUUGCGACUACGCCAAGUGUGUCGGAGAUGAAAAGGAGCAAGCUGCGAGGGAGAUCAGCGACGAGUACCCAGCGGAAACUGACGCCGUUAAGUGCUGCAAGUUAUUCUUAUCCAUCAUUGGCGUGUCUGGUAGUCUCCUGAUUUACGGCGUCUUUCAAGAACGAGUCAUCAAGGUUCCCUACGGCGACCACUUCUUUAAAGACUUGGUUCCUACGAAUUUGAUUAUCUUCUGCUCUCGCGGCUGCGCCUGUAUUCUGUCUUUUACUGUUUUGAUUUCAAGGGGCACUGGUGGACUCAGUGGAGUGCCUUUUUAUAAGUAUUCACUUUGCUCGCUGAGUAACAUUCUUGGCUCUUGGUUUCAACUCGAAGCGCUCAAAGUCGUCAGUUUCUCAACCCUGGUUAUUUUCAAAGGAUCGAGAAUACUUCCUGUCAUGGCGAUGGGCUACUGCAUUUCGAGGACAAAAUACGAUAUCUUCGAAUGGAUCAUUGGAGGCUUCUUUGCUGCUGGAAUCAGCAUCUUUAUGUGCUUCAAAGAACCGCCGGAAGAAGAAGAGACAAUUAGUAACACGCUGUUUGGAUUGGUUAUUCUUUGCUUGUACAUAAUAUGCGAUGCUUUUACGUCGAAUUGGCAAGACAAACUGUACAAAAAGUAUAAGAUGUCAAAUUACGAAAUGAUGUUUGGAGUUGCUGCUUGCUCCAUGAUUUUUCUGAAACGGUUUUUAGUGCUUAAAUGCAAGAUAUUAAAACUUUAUCUUCGAGAAAAUAAUAUGAAAAACCUGCGACAGUCAUUUUCAUUUCUAAAAGAACUGGAGCAAUUGCACGUGGCGUUCGAUUUUAUGGAGCAAAACCCAAUUGUUAUCCUGCACAUUUUCAUCCUUGCUAUCACUCAAGCGACCGCCCAGUUUUUCAUCUUCUUUACGAUCAAAGAGUUUGGACCACUCAUUUUUAUCAUUAUCAUUUCUUCGAAGACGAUUCCUCAAGUGCUUUUAUCAUGGAUUCUUUUUGGGCAUAAAUUUGGACUCUACGGAUGGCUUGGGCUCGGCAUUGUCUUUGUAGCCAUUUUUAUCAAGGUGCUGCGAGCUGGGACCAAAUUGAUGACCAAAAGAAGAGAAAGAAAGAAAAAAGCAAGAUCUGCAAGAGAGGAAGAAAAUAAUUUUCUUGUCUCGAACAUACGCUAG